AUGAGAAAUGUUCGACACACAAAUCUUGUCUCAGUGAUCACUACUUGCUCUAGCAAACACAUAAGAGCCUUUGUUUUGCAAUACAUGCCCAAUGGAAGUCUUGAUACUUGGUUGUACAAAGAAGAUCGCCACUUGAUCCUUCUUCAAAGAGUCACCAUAAUGCUUGAUGUGGCUGUGGCAAUUGAGUAUCUACAUCAUGGUAAUGACACCCCGAUAGUUCAUUGUGACCUAAAGCCAACCAAUGUUCUUUUGGAUGAAGAAAUGGCGGUACAUGUUGGUGAUUUUGGCAUCUCUAAGAUUUUAGCUGUAAGCAAGUCUAUGGCACAUACAGAGACAUUAGGCACUCUUGGAUAUAUUGCACGUGUACACUAG